AUGGAGGACUCGCAUCCGGACUCCACUACCAUCCCUUCCUCUACCAGCACAAAACAGCCAACUCCACAACCCGAUGCGAAACCUACACCCACACCACCGUCGCGAUUGACAACGAUACAAAAAUUGCGCUUCCUCCUCCUAAGAUACCUCGCCAGAACCGCUGGCACCGCAGACCGCACGCUCGUCCGCCUCUCCAAACUCCUCUCCACACCCAGCGGCACCGACGUCCUCCUCUGCACAACAUCCUACACCCUAACCCUCAUCCAUGCCGUCCUCUCCCGCGUCCUCGAACGCCGCCUCGCAUCCAUCGCCACAGAAAUCGCCGAGAAAGCAGAGGGUGUCCUGCUCCCUGGCGAAACGCUCAUAGCCAGCCUCCCAGCGCCCACGAGCACAAAGGUCAUCGCACAAGUAGUUGGGAGUUCAAAAGCGCUUGCGGCUGUCAUAUCCGAUUUCCGCAUCUUUGUAAGAUUAUGGGGUGUGCUGGGCUUGUAUACUUGGGCGCGGGAUACAUAUCAAGACCGGUUGCCGGAAGAUGCGAGUAGGAAAGAGAAGAUAUUGAGAGGGCUGACGUGGACGGCUAUCAUGUCCUGUAUUGGUUUCCAGGUCCUGGAAAACGGCGCGUACCUGAGCUCAAAGGGUGCGUUGACGACGGCGAGUUGGACGGGCGAUGUGGGUAAAGCACGGGAGAAUGCGUGGUGGCUGUGGAGUUCGAGGUUUUGGGCUGCGUAUGUGGGUGUUGAGCUGGUUCGUUUGGGUGUUCAGCAGUAUUACGCCUCGUCAUCUGAGUCGAUAUCGGCGAGCUCGGGUGAUGGGGAGAAGGAGGAUAAGAUCCAGAGGGAAGAAAGGAUCAAAGCUAGGAAAUUGGAGAACUGGCUGUGGUGGAAGGAUCUGGCGUCUAAUCUGGCAUAUGCGCCCAUGACUGUUCACUGGUCGCUAGAGCAGGGCUUGUUAAGUGAUUGGGGUGUUGGUGCUUGUGGUAUGGUUGCUGGUGGGGCACUGUUGGCUGACGCGUGGAGGAAGACUGCAUGA